AUGUCUCUCAAGACUACAGAAAUGGAAACCCUCUACGACUUGGGCUCCAAGCUUAUAGACGCGUUAACAAAAGAAGGAGUGACUGCUGGAGAUGUCAUUUCUAUUGACAAGGCCAGCGGCAAAGUUUCAAAAAUUGGUCGAGGGUUUGCGCGGGCGAAGGACUUCGACGCUGUGGGGCCCACCACGCGCUUUGUCCAGUGCCCCGAGGGCGAACUCCAGAAGAGGAAAGAAGUUGUCCACACUGUCACUCUGCACGAAAUUGAUGUUAUCAACAGCAGGGCGCAGGGUUUUCUGGCUUUGUUUGCGGGAGACACGGGAGAAAUAAAAGGAGAAGUUCGAGAACAAAUUGACGCCAAAGUUGCCGAGUGGAGGGAAGAGGGAAAAGCCGAGAUCAUACCUGGCGUUUUGUUUAUCGACGAAGUCCACAUGCUGGACAUCGAGUGCUUCUCCUUCCUGAACAGGUAA